AUGCUAAUAUCGCACUGUAGAGUCCACAUCCUCCUGGAAGAACUCAGGGAUGUCCACGGCCUCGACUGUACAACCAGUCUCAUCCUGUCAGGCCGAAUCCCCAUCCUAAGAGACAACACCAGAGACCCUCCGUACUCGGUCAUGGAAUCCUCGGCAGAACUGCUCUACCUCAUCUCCAGCGUCGACAAGAACCACCAAUCCUGUACUGGUAUUCUUCCUCUACAUGCAACGACACGCUUUAGAAACGAGGUUCUCCGAAUCUACCAGGUCCUUGAGACGCAUCUGUCAGGAAUAUAUAGUGGUAACGCGCGGGAGUACCUCGCCGAACCCGGCCGGCUGUGCAGCGUGGAUUGGGGGGAAUGGUAUGAUGAGGAUAGUUAUCCGGAGCUGGUUAUUAAGAUGGAGUGA